AUGGCGUUCACCGGGAACACACUGGACGAUUUCGUACGCAUCCUCAAUUGGCAGCACUUGAUACUCAAACUGAUGGGAAUGGAUGUAUACGCAGUGGGACACCGUCGAAUAUGUGGCACCUAUACUAUUGUUUUCAUGGCUGUAUUAUUUUUGAUAAUUUCGUUGAUUGAUCUGUACCUGUUCCGAUAUGAUUUGUUCAACUUUUCUUUUGUGCUGGUGACAAUCUUCUAUGCAUUACUUGGAGUUGGACGACUGUUUAUAAUGCUGUGCCGAUCUACCGAUUUGCAACAACUUGUUUUGAAAAUGAUUAUAGUCUACAAAGACUCCUCGAAAAAUCAACAGGAGCGGAAAAUACUCCGAAAGUAUACCAAUCGACUACGGCAGUGUGUGACGCUUUACACUUUACUUUUCAUGGGUGGUACCACGCUCGCAGGAGUACUACCACUGAUUGUUUAUUGGUGGACUGGCGAUAAGAUUCUACCGAUCGGGGUUGUGAUACCGUUUCUCAGUACCGACACACCGGAUGGCUACCAGUUGAACUACAUCUACCAGUUAAGCUGCAUGCUUUGGACUCCACCGGGACUGAUUGCCACACAGAACUUCUACUUCGCCAUGUCGUUCAACAUUUGUAUUCAGUAUGAUGUGAUGACGCUGAAGUUGCAGACGUUGGAUAAAUUAAUUGCAAAGAAUGUGAACGGCAUACUCAAUAAUGACAUACGCGAAGAGUUGAUCAGCUUGAUACAGUACCAACAGCGAUUGAUAAAGUUCAUCAGAGAUCUUGAAAAUGUGUAUGCUAUUCAAACAUUCAUAGAAGUGGCGUGUAACGCAAUGCAAAUCGGUGUAACCAUGUUUGUACUACACAUCGAUUUCUGGAUCCCUGGCCCGAUGAUGAUUUGUGUGUCCACCUUCCAGUUGUUCUUAUCUUGUAUGCUUGGAACACUGAUUGAUGUCAAAAAUGAUAUAUGUAUCCAAAAAAUCUAUGAUGUAUCAUGGCACGAAAUGCCAAAGACUGAACAAAAAACGUUGCAGUUCUUACUGGCAGAAGCGCAACAAUCGAAAACUCUUUCUUGUGGCGGAUUUAUGCCACUGAAUAUGAAUUUGUUCCUUACCGUAUAUAAAAAAAUCUAUUCGAUUUUUAUGAUGUUGCAGAAUAUUUAAAGAUCA